AUGGCAAUCGACUAUUCUGGACAAGUAGCUAUAGUGACUGGAGCCGCAUCUGGAUUCGGCCGUGAACUCGUAACUCGCAUGGCCAAACAACAAGCAAGGGGAAUCAUCCUGGUGGACAUCCAAGAACACGCUGGUCAAACCGUCGAAAAGGAACUCAACGCUAUUCGCCAAGGAUGUGCCAAAUUCAUCCGUGCAGACGUGGCAUCCCCCAAAGACAUGAAGCACGUCUUUGCAACAGCCAAAUCCCUAUACGGCAGCAUCAACAUUGUGGUCCCCAACGCCGGAAUCACGGAAGCCAUGCCUAUGGAGGACGACGAUGACGACAAGUGGAUUAAGGUCGUUGAUAUUGAUUUGACUGGGGUUGUUUUGGCCACGAGACUUGCGCUGUCAGAGUGGAAGAAGAGUGGGAUGGGCGGUGUUAUUGUGCCGACGGCGAGUCUGGCAGGGCUAUACCCACAGGCUGGUAGUCCUGUUUAUUGUGCUGCUAAAGCUGGUGUUGUGAUGCUGGUCCGAUCUCUUGAAGGCUUAAAGACUCAGGGCAUCAGAGUCAAUGCAGUCUGCCCAAGCUUCUCACCAACGCCCCUCCUCUCAUCAAACCCACGCAAGGACUCUAACGGCCAGAUCCCUAAAUUCGUACAGGACAGAAUCGUUCCCAUCUCGCUUGUUGUUGAUGCGUUCGAAAAGGCGAUCAAGGACGAGUCGUUGGCAGGUGCUAUAAUUAGGAUAACGCCAGAAUUCGGCAUUGACUUGUAUAAACAACGAAAACAGGCUAAGAUUUGA